AUGACGCUAAUCCUGAAAAUCUCAUUCACCUUCACACUGUUCUACACAGGUAACAUUUUAAAUGUUGUUGUUUGGUUCCAAUUUGUUAUAGGAGCCACAAUGUCCAUAUGUUCACCUUACAUACAGCAGCAGUUGGUUUUAAAGUUUAUCUAUUAAUUAUUAGUUUGUGUGUUUGACCAAUAUUUAGAUGUUUUGUAACUUUAUUCAUGUUAUCUGGUGUUAUCUUCAUUAGCAGACACACUACAGUGCUACACUUGUGAGUCUGAGGAAUGCAGCGAAACAACGUUAGAGACAUGUUCUGGAGGAGAAGUAUGUUCCACCAUGACAACAGUAUUUGGUCAUUUAGGUAAGUCUGGUCUGGAGUUUAGUCUGUUCUUGUAAUGAAUGGUUGCAAUAAAUUCCAGGCUGAUUACACUAUAAACAUGGUCCAGAGUUUUUCCUGGUCAGAUAAACCCUUUCACUUUAAAGUCACUGUGAAGUCAUUUUUACUCUCCAUCAGGCACCAGAGUCUCUAAGGAAUGCAUAACGAGAGAGGAAACCUGUGUGUUCAUGGAUGCAACAACAAAAACAUCAAUGAGUGGUGGAUAUUCACACACCUCCAAUAUCGCGUACUGCUGCAGCACGGACGGCUGCAACAGAAAUACUCUCCCUGGUAAGAUCAUACAUCAGAAAGUUUCUAAUUUCUUAAAUUCCCAAGCUCUCAGAAUCACAUUGAUGACGUAGUUUCAGUAUUUCAUAGAAACACUAAGGGCAACAUUUUCUUAGUGUAACAUUGUGCAUAGUAAUAAACAUACCAUAAACCUCAUAAUAAUCUGGCAGCAUGAUUUAAUUUGAUACUUUUCUUCAACAAUGUGCAUUAUAAAGAAGCAACUAUUUAUGAAUCGCUCAGUUCACUAAACUGGUAUCAAAUCCUAGCUCCACCAUUGUGGCAGCCCCCCGCACCUCUCCAAAACCUGUAUGUGUAUUUACAAUAUGUGUCUUUCGGAGGGGUUGGUUUAAAAGUGGAAGUCACAUUUCGGUUGGACCACUUGAUUUGACCAAUAAAGUGAUCUUAAUCUUAAUAAAGGACAGAACAGUGACAUGACAUCUGAAACAUGUGUUAAGUGAAUGUCUCUUUGCUUAACACAGAGGUUACACAACUGAGCGACAACACAAGCACAGCCAUAUGACAAACAAUCCAACCGAUUGUAAUCAAAUAAUUGAUCAAUCAAGUGCUUGAUAUUUAGUUUAAAAUAUGUAGUUUUAAUUAAGGACUGGCUUUACAGGAUACUGACAUUAUUGUUUUUCACCUGUGGUACAGCACUCAAUGACAAGCCCAAUAAACUGCAAUGUUACUCCUGCAAGAGUGAAGAGGAUAAAGUCUGCAACACAACUGUACAAUGUGUUGGAGUUGAAGACCACUGCUUCAAAUACACAGGUAAGCUCAUUUUCAGUGGCAUGAAAUCCCUUGGAAAGUAAUUGACCUUUGCUUUAAUGACUUUUUUUGUUUUUCAUGUUGCCAGUGCCCGCUCGUGAUGGAAGUAAUGAUGGACGACACCUGGGCUGUGCCUCCGCCAAUGUAUGCCGCACGUACGAGACAUCCCCCUCUACGCCUAACUUCAACUGCUGUAAGGGGAGUCUGUGUAACAACGCCAUGGACAUUGGACUGAGCUCUCUCCCUCUUCUGCUGGGUCUCCUCAUCAUCUCACUGGUCUAA